GAUCAGAAGUACCAACCUUGUAAAUACGUCUGAAUUUCUGAUUUCAUAAAUGUCAAGUAAUCAUUUUAUAGAGGUUUGAACACGUACCUAGUGAAAAUGAUAAAAAUACCAGAAGAGAUUAAUCUUGAAAAUUAUACUCUGAUGCUUCCUUCAGUGGCUGUUGGAAAUGUUGGACAAUUAUGCAUUGAUCUGUUAAUAUCUAGUCUGAAUUUGCACAAAAUUGGAAGUUUAUGGAACUCUAUGUUUCUUCCAAUUUGUGGACUUGAUCCUUAUGAUAAAAAGUCCAAUUCUCUUUGUACUACUGCUGACUUUUAUCUUGGAACAUGUCAUAAUAUAAUUCUUUUGCAAUUACGUUCACCCUAUGUUGGUAAUUCAAAUGAAUUCUUUGAUGAAUUAGCACAAUUUAUUCAACGAAAAAGACUUAAUAAGAUAAUAAUAUUAACCAGUAGUUAUGACUAUGAGUGUGCAAAUAGGUCAGAAUUUAAAAUAAAAUAUCUUACUUCGGAUGAAUCUCUAUCAAAUGACGAAAAACUUCUUAAGAAUUUAUGUUGGAUAUCACAUAUGAAAAGUGUCAAAACAAAUUCUACAGAACAAUGUUACAUUCCUGGUGGUGGAUUUGCAAAUGGUCUUUACGAAUAUCUUAAAACAUUUGGAAUUCCUUGUACAGUCUUAUUUAAAUAUUGUUCAGAAGGAGACAACGUUUCUGAUGCAUUAGUACUUUUUAAAGGAUUGAAUGAAUGGUUGAAUUUAAUAAAUGACGAUAUUAACAGUAUUAAAUAUCCAUCUUCUUGGGAGUACUUCUUUGGAAAUCCACCUUCUCUUGAUAUGUAUUAGAUUGUAUUCUAUUAAUUUUGUUCCAAUUGUUUAAAAAUAAAUUAUAAAAAAAAUUAUGUAUAAAUUAAAAUAUUAAUCUUAUAAAAAUCACAUCCUACUAUGAAUACAAAUAUAAGUUCAUUUAA